AUGUCGAUUACUAAUUCUUAUUUUUUUGACAAGGUUUAUAAAGUUAGGGUUAUGAAAAAAUCCGAGUCGAAUAAGUUGUGUAUGGAUGAGAAUGAUUCAAUGUGUAAUGCGGAAAUGCGAUGCAAGCAUGUUAUCUUAUUGCAAAUGCAAACGUUCUGGUCAGAUAGCAAUCCCGAAAGACGAUUUUGGUCUUGUCCUCACUAUGAGGCCACAAACUUUAAUUUCUUUAGAUGGAGAGACAAGGAGAGAGUUGAUGAAAGAUCUCAGUUUAUUCUUCCAAAAUUGUUGAAUAGGAUUAACGAGUUAGAAAAAAAUUAUGAGCCUCUGAAGAUGCAAUUGGAACAACUUGAUAAUUCAAACAUUGAACAGUCAAAACUAGAGAAAAUUCCUUUUAAUGAAGGUGAAUGUCUUCAAAAUCGUUAUGAAAAUUUGAACAUCAAUUCAAAGGAGAAGGGUGACAACAUAAAAGAAAUAGGUGAACUGAAAGACAUGAAGAAGAUGAAAGGGAUGAAAAUGAAGAAAAUAAAUAAAGGUGGUUGUUUUGGAAAAUUCAUUUGUUCUGUGAUGAUUUGUUUUGUUAUCAAAUGUAAGGUGUGUCUCAGAGAUUUUGGGUAUAGGCUGGGGGGUAAUUGA